AUGGUUUUUGACGGAGCUUCGAACGCACUUGGAAAUGGUAUUGGUGCUGUGAUUAUCUCUCCCGAAGGUGGUCAUACACCGUUCACUGCUAGAUUAUGCUUUGACUGCACUAACAAUAUGGCCGAAUAUGAAGCGUGCAUCAUGGGUCUCAAAGCCGCAAUCGACUUGAGAAUCAAAUUUCUAGAAGUAUAUGGGGACUCAGCCUUAGUAAUCAGUCAGAUCAAAGGAGAAUGGGACACGAAACAUCCCAAUCUCAUCCCUUACCAUGAGCAUGUGUUGACUUUGAUCCCUUAUUUUGAAGAGAUUACUUUUGAGCAUAUCCCGCGAGAAGAGAACCAGUUGGCAGACGCGCUGGCUACCAUGUCAUUUAUGUUCAAAGUCAGGUGGGACAAUGAGGCACCCAUGAUCCCUAUUGAAAGAUUGAAUGAGCCGGCACAUUGUUGUGAGAUUGUUAUAGAGGAAGUAGACGAGAAGCCUUGGUUCUACGAAGUAAAGAGAUACCUCGAAGCUCAGGAAUAUCCUGAAGGGGCAUCCAUCAAUGAUAGGAAAUUUCUAAGAAGGUUCUCUGUCAAGUUCUUCCUGAGUAAUGGAAUCUUAUACAAGCGUAAUCACGACUCGACCCUGCUUCGUUGUGUGAACAAGAAGGAAGCAGAAGAAAUAAUGGAAGACAUGAAUGACGGUAUUUUUGGAACUCAUUCUAGUGGACAUACCAUGGCUAAAAGGAUCUUGAGAGCAGGCUAUUACUGGUCCACCAUGGAGACUGACUGCCACCAUCAUUCUAGGACUUGCCAUAAGUGUCAGAUCUACGUUGAUAAAGUGCACUGUUUACCAAAAGAUUCUUAUAUUCACAGGAAGCAGGAAAAACAAUCGAAUAACAUCUAA